AUGUCUUUGGUGAUGUUUUUGGAAGAAUCCAAAAGGAUAUCUGAAAGAGAAAAUCCUUCAAGUGUUAAUGUGAAGUGUUUGACGUCUCAUUUUGAGAAGUCGCACAAGGAUGAUCUGGCUCUUUUGAAGCCUUCAUUGAACAGAUUGCUCAUGCAAUGUUUGCAUACAGCCAAAGUGGAAAAACAUCGUAUUCGUGUGGCAAAUGCUAUUCAGACUAUGGACGUGUUGAUCGCUGGCGUUUAUCGUUGCAAGGGAGCUUCAGAUGCGGAUUUUAUUGCGAGCGAUCUGUUAGUUACCGAACAACAAGCUAAGGAAUUUAUGCAGGAGUACACCAGCUUGUGUUCGGACAUGUUUCGAGAGGACCGUCCGGAGCGUUUACGCGAUCUUAUCUUGAACUCAGUGCGCACUUUUGCCACUUCGAGUCCAAUGUUUUGGCAAAAUCCCUUUGCUGUGGGCUUAAUGGAUGAAAAGAUCUUUGAUUUGCUCAGACUAACAUUGGUGAAUGCGCACCUCCGGUACCAUCAUGGAAUGGCUGCCUGCGAAUUACUUGGCUUACUGAUCCAGUUCGCUCAGCACGAGUCUUUUCAGGUGGAUGAGUCUCUCAUGGAACGAUUCUGUCUUAUAGACGACGAUUUACUUCUAAACGGGGUUUCUUCGACCAUAUCCCUGGCCCUUUCUGAAUUUAACCUACGAUUCCGGCAACAACAUGAUCCGUCCGUGGGAUUCUUUUCAUCGGUAUCAUCUUUUUUUGGUUCCAUCUUUGUGGGUGAUAUGGCUUCAAACGUGAGCUUGAGACCCUGUGAUUCCCUUCUAAUGUGCAUGUACACAAUUACCAAAGACGGUGCUCAUUUUUCCACGAUCUUAUCCUAUUCAAAUGCACACUGCGCGGCUGAUAGUCGUGGAUUCGAUACACUUUCCCGGACUGGAUCUCUACGAGACGAGAAACUAUUGAGGGCUUUCAGUACUGACUCCAUGAUCGGAUUCUCCGUCAUACAAAAUCAUUCUACCCCUGGUCGGGCUGUACCCGCGGAUGACGCACGAGACUCCGAUCGGCAGACUAUAUCAUCCAUGGAAGGCGGCACCGCUGCGCUUUCGACUGACCGGAACCGUUCACUCGUUUCAUCCGCUCGUAUGAGUCACGGUAGCGGUGAUCUGAUAGAUCAAACAGUGCUAUCGGUUCCAUUGAAUGGCUUUUCAGGAGACAAUGUGCCAACUCACGAGGAAACGGACGAAGUUGCCAUGUUGACCACUUUGGAGCCCAGAAACCUGUUGGCAGAUCUCCUCGAGUAUUGUUCCAUUGUCAUGCAAGAUGUCAAAACUCCUGAGUCGCUCAACAGCUGUCAUCUGUGCUUUAUAAUCGUACUCUGUAUCACACAAAAUCCAUUGGCUUGUUCCAUUCUGCAUGACCCACAUAUCACGUUCAACGUCUGGAUUCACCAACAGCGAACAAGGCGUCGGAAGUCCCCUCCAAACGCAUGCUCCAGUUUUUCCAGUCGACCGAUCGCUAUUGCAAUUUUGAGUCUAAUCGUCGAGUUUGUUCGGGGUCAUCUUAUGAAGCGGCUUCCACAUCGUUUGUAUGGAUUAUCCCUAUCCAUCUGUCGUAAUUUAUUGUGUUACCAAAUCAAACACAAAAUCCGCCUGAACUUCGAUUGGAAACAACUGUGGUCCGCUUUGCUUAAUUUACUACAGUUCGUUCGUAAUCUCGAUGAUAGUUAUGCACCCGUGAUUGUUGGUCUCGGUCUGAUUCAGAAGGUCUUAGAACUUUUUAAUUUGUGCAUUCUCCAAGGCGAUGCCUUCCUGCAAUCGGCAGGUGUGUACGACGACCUCUACUACGAACUGAUUCGAAUGCAUCAACUGUUCCAGAACCUACAUGAAUACGCUUUGCUUCACUCAACUAGUGCUGAUCCCGAAUUGAAAGCAGUUGCCCUUAAAGUAGUUCUUCAAAUGGGUAAUAUCCGAUCCAUUGUGAACCAUUUUAAAGCGAAAAUAGACGCGUUCUCCACGGCAAACAGUCUGACCUCACUGACGGAAAUGCAGGUCCUGGAAGUCGUUCGAGAGAAUUACGAUUCACUUACGCUGCGGGUUCAUGAAGAUCUGGAUGUACCGGAGACCUAUUUGGAGGAAGAAGACCAUAUCCUUUUCGAAACUUUGGUGGAAACUGUAUUGAAACAGAUGCGCAAAGAUUGCAUGGAAACUAGUUUGGAAAUGCAGUCCUAUCUUCACGAGCUCUCCGCCAUUUACUAA